AUGUCCAAGAAGUGGCCCGGGGGGGCUGGGGGCCGAGGCAAGAUGGAGAGGGCCGAUACGUUGGCGGCCCUGCAGGCUGCGAAUGAAGAUCUGAGGGCCAAACUCACAGACAUCCAGAUAGAACUACAGCAGGAGAAAAGCAAGGUUAGUAAGCUGGAGAGAGAGAAGAGCCAUGAGGUGAGACAUGAGCAACACAAGUCUACAGUGGUGGUGACUGAGCUGAAGGCCAAGCUCCACGAGGAGAAGACUAAGGAGCUCCAGGGGCUCAGGGAGACGCUGCUACGGACCCACGAGCUGGAGCUGAUGAGGGUUAUCAAGAUCAAAGACGGAGAGAUCCAGAGACUACAGGCGCUGGUUAAUGCGCUGCGAGAUGGAUCCACAGACAAGGUGAAGACGGCUCUGUUUGCGGAGGCGCGUGAGGAGGCCAGGCGUGGUUUUGAGGGGGAGAGGAGCAGACUACAGCAGGAGAUCUAUGAGCUGAAGGGCAUGAAGAGACAGAUGGAGGAAGCUCUGAACUUGGCCGUCCAGGCAGACAAGACCAAGGCUGCUGAGAUACGGUCCGUCUAUCAUGUACACCAGGAGGAGAUCACCCGCAUCAAGAGGGAGUGUGAGAGGGAGAUACGCAGACUGAUGGAUGAGAUUAAGGUAAAAGACAGAGCAUGCUGUGUGCUGGGGAAGGAGCUGGGUGUUCAGGCUGGACACACUCAGAGGCUCCAGCUGCAGAAGGAGGCUGUGGAUGAGCAGCUAGCCCAGAUCAGAAGCAGGGAGGCUGGUGCAGGAGGACACCUCCACAGCCCCAAACGAGACGCUCCUUACCCCAGUGGUGCAGGAGACACCUCAGAGAGCCUCGAACAGCAGUUGGAUGAGAAGGACGCGCGGCGCUUCCAGCUGAAGAUCGCUGAGCUGAGUGCCGUCAUCCGCAAACUGGAAGACCGCAACGCCCUCUUGUCAGAGGAAAGAAAUGAACUGCUGAAGCGCCUAAGAGAGGCAGAGAGCCAGUUUAUGCCCCUGCUGGACAAGAACAAGAGGCUGAGCAGGAAGAAUGAGGAGCUGGCCCACGCAUUCAGACGCAUGGAGAACAAACUACGCUUCAUUACAGAGGAGAACAUGGAAAUGAGAGAGAAGGUAGCCACCAAAAGACGUCCCAGCUCUCUAAACGACCUUGAUCAGAGUCAGGAGGAGAGAGAGAUCGAGUUCCUCAGACUGCAGGUUCUGGAACAGCAGAAUAUUAUUGACGACCUGUCAAAGGCACUGGAGACAGCUGGAUACGUGAAGAGUGUGAUUGAAAGAGAUAUGUUGCUGAGGUACAGACGGCAGGGCAGCAUAGGGAGGAAGAAGGCCAUCAGGCCGUGUAAACCGGUGGUAGAGACGUUCUUUGGUUACGAUGAAGAGGCUUCUAUAGACUCAGACGGUUCCUCCAUCUCCUUCCACACAGACAGGACACCGUGCACACCAGACGAUGACCUGGAGGAGGGUAUGAUCAGGGAGGAGACAGAGAUGAGGUUUCAUCAGUUGACCAUGGAGUACCAGGCUCUUCAGAGAGCCUAUGCACUUCUACAGGAGCAGGUGGGGGGCACGUUUGAUGCAGAGAAGGAAGUCAAGACAAGAGAACAGUUGCAAGCAGAGCUUAUUCUCUACCAAACCAGAAUACAGGACCUGGAGUGUGUUCUGUCCCAGCAAGGACAGGAUAUGAAGUGGAUCGAGGAGAAACAAGCCCUGUAUCAAAGAAAUCAAGAACUUAUAGAGAAGAUCAAGCACAUGGAAACAGAGGAGUCACGUUUAAAAAACGAAUUUCAGGACGCCAGAGACCAAAAUGAACUCCUGGAGUUCCGGAUCCUUGAACUUGAAGAGAGGGAGAGGAGAUCUCCAGGAAUCAACUUCCACGACAUCCACUUCUGUGAAGGCAUCAGUCCACUGCAGGUGUACUGUGAGGCCGAGGGAGUCACAGACAUCAUCAUUACAGAGCUAAUGAAAAAGCUAGAUAUACUGGGGGAUAAUGCCGUAAGUAACCUAUCCAACGAGGAGCAGGUGGUGGCCAUUCACGCCAGGACCGUCUUAACGCUAGCAGAGAGGUGGCUUGAGAAUAUAGAGGUCACCAAAACAGCUUUAGCACAGAAAAGGAUGGACAUUGAAAGUGAGAAGCAUGUGUUCAGUAAACAGAAAGGCUAUCUGGAUGAGGAGUUGGACUACAGGAAACAGUCCAUGGCUCAGGCUCACAAGAGGAUCUUGGAGCUAGAGGCAAUGCUGUUUGAUACCCUGCAACAGGAUGCGGGGGCCAAGAUGUCAGAGAUGCUGUCGGACGACGAGAGGGAGACGCUGCGUCGGGCGGUGGAGCAGUGGAAGAGAGGAGUCAUGAUGGAGCUAAGAGAGAGGGACUCACAGAUCCUCAGGGAGAGAAUGGACAUGCUACAGCACUCACAGCAGAGAAUCAAAGAGCUGGAGGAAUGGAUAGCAGCUCAGAAAAGACAGAUAAAGGAACUAGAAGAAAAGCCUUCAUUCUUUGGUCAUAGUUCUCCAGGGAAGCCAGAGCAAUUCACAGGUUUCCAGAUUGUCUUGUACAUUGUGUUCAAGAGGACAGGAUUUGGAAUCCAAGAUGGCUCCCAGUGUCCUGGAAGUCUUUUCGGAGACUUCUUCACACGAGAAACCAGUCAACUAUGCUGCAACACUGACUUUAGAUAGAAUUCUAUCACCAUGUUUUUUUUUUUAAAGGACAAAAAAAACGUUUUUUUUAUUUUUUAUUUUUUACUUCAGUAACCUUUUUAAACCUGACUGCUGUCCCUCGUUAGUGAUGAUGAUGAUGAUGAUGACGUCUCGAUGGAACACUCUAUGGAAGAGUUCAUCUCUAUGGAUGAAGACUUCAGUGGAAUUGAAGAACUCUUAAUAAAGGGGAGUGUUUUGUGUCUUCUUUUCCCUGCUGAGCAGGUGGUGCUCUGGUCGCUUCCCUUUGGAAGCAUGAAGAAGAAGAAGAAGAGUUUGAUUGAUUGAUUGAAAAACGAACUGUAGUGAAGUCAGGCGGUACUCCUGCUCGGGGCUUGAACCUGGAUCUUUUCUGUUCAACCCAACACUUUAGCCAAGAGAUCCAAAACCUCUUGACGAGGUCACUAGGUGUUGGGUUAUGUUAAACGACGGUGAACUGAGACAUUUUUACCUCAGCUCUUAACAUUCACACACACUCCACUGAAGCUGGGCAUUUCCUAAAAUGGACACCAUACCACUGUUUACACUAUCUGACCACGCUGUUAUUACACUCACGGGGAGCUAGUCACAGAAAGAGAGCCCAUCCCCGAACUUUAAAAUGGUGAAAGCCUUCAGUGAUGCUGCCCAUACUUAAACUGGCUUUGUGGCCAGUGUGCCCUCUAUCUAUCUCUAUGGCCUCAGCCCUUCCCCUGUCUAGUCCAGACAUGCUGUGGGACUCAUUAACUCCUCAAAUCUCAGUGUUGGAAAUGAAACCAGAAGCCAAACUGUUGGUAUUAUUAGACAUCAUGUAUUUUUGAAUGUAUGAAAAAAGGCAAAGAUUUUAAAAUACAUUUCUCAAAAGAGGAAUAAAUAAACUGAAUGAAGGAGCUUUCAAUGAUUUUAGAAUUUUCCAUUUGAUCCGAUUUAUGUAAAUCUGAUCUUCCCCCUUGGUGCUUGGGAGAGAGUGGGUUUGUUUCAGAUGGGGACCUUGGUUAGUUCUGUUAUGUCCUGAUGGAGAGGGUGGGUUAGUUCUGUUAUGUCCUGAUGGAGAGGGUGGGUUAGUUCUGUUAUGUCCUGGUGGAGAGGGUGGGUUAGUUCUGUUAUGUCCUGAUGGAGAGGGUGGGUUUGUUCUGUUAUGUCCUGAUGGAGAGGGUGUGUUUGUUUCAGAUGGGGAUCUUGGUUAGUUCUGUUAUAUCCUGAUGGAGAGGGUGUGUUUGUUUUAGAUAGGGGACCUUGGUUAGUUCUGUUAUGUCCUGAUGGCGAAGGUGUGUUUGUUUCAGAUUGAGGAGCUUGGUUAGUUCUGUUAUGUCCUGAUGGAGAGGGUGUGUUUGUUUUAGAUGGGGGACCUUGGUUAGUUCUGUUAUGUCCUGAUGGAGACAAAUACCUCCCAUUGAGUCUUCAUGACUCCAUGUUAAAGCAGAUUGUGUAUGAAAGAUGUAUUUUAUGCAUUAUGUUGCCAUUAAAUGGGAUCAAGCCCCGUUUUUAUGGA